AUGAAGAAGAUUUUUGGCUUCGGGAGUAAGAAGGGUGUGUCGCCCUUUGGCUCCUCCAUCAACCCGGUGAGAGACAGCGGUCAUGGAAUCAACUUCCAGCCCGGGUACCACAUCCGAGACAAAGACCUCAGAAAGAUCCACAAAGCUGCCACUGUGGGCAACGUAGCCAAAGUGGAGCAUGUUCUGUUGUUUGGAAAAAAUGGCCUGAACGACAGGGACAAGAUGAACAGGACUGCGCUCCACUUGGCCUGUGCCAGUGGCCAUUCAGCGGUGGUCACUCUGCUCCUGGAGAGAAAAUGCCUGCUUAACCUCUGUGACAGUGAAAACAGGACCGCGCUGAUGAAGGCAGUAGAAUGCCAAGAAGAGGAGUGUGCGACUCUUCUGCUGGAGCAUGGUGCCGACCCAAAUGUCGUGGAUGUCAGUGGGAACACCGCUCUUCACUAUGCUGUCUUUUGCCAGAAUAUAUCACUCGCAGCAAAGCUGCUUUCCUGUGACGCCAAUAUAGAAGCCAGGAACAAGGAUAACCUCACACCGCUGUUACUUGCUAUAAUUGAAAAGAGAGAACAAAUGGUGGAGUUUUUAGUAAAAAAAGGAGCAAAUACACAUGCGGUUGGUAACUUGAAAAGCAUUUGCCAAAUGAUUUCUGAAUAUAAAGAAGAGAGACCUAAAACUCCUCUUGAAAAUAGCAAGCCAGUGGAUGAGAAUUCUGAAGAAGACUCUUUAAGCAGGUUUUCCAGCAAACCUGGUGAUGGCUUAUGGCUUAUAUCAAAUGAUAAAGGCUUAGAUUUUGAAACCAAGGUAAAGUGUUCUGUUGUGAAAUUAGUUUUUCAGAGUAUCUCUGAGAGCCUUCCAGAGAAGUAUGUGGAUUGUUUAUCUGGAGCUGCUGGUCCAAGAGGAAAAAAGACAGUACAUGGACAAGUAGAAGAUGUGUUUUAUAUACCUUCUUCCAUGAGUGGAUUGAGAAACUUUAAGAUGGCCCAACUAGAGGAGCCAAGACAUGUAGACAUACCAGUAGCCCACAUGGAUUCUCCUGGGAAAUGUCCUAAUGUGAAGCCUGCAGUCUUAGUGAAAGAUUCUGUUCCUAGUAAAACAGUCGGAAUGAAGGAUUUACAAACAUCCAGUUCAGAUUUGUCAGCAGAACUAGACUUGGAAAUGAUAUCAGAGGAAGCACAAGAAAAACUUGAUGGAGAUGAAAAUAACCAUUCACGGGUUCAAGAAGAAAAGAAGCACGAAAGUAGUGAAGUGGAAGUAUCAGACAACGAAUGUGAUGCUGCUGAUGAGAGUGGAUUGAUUCAGCAGAGAAAGAGUAGAAGAAACAGCAGCCAGGAGUUUCCUGCUACGGAGAAUGAAGAUUUUGAUAGUAGCGACCCUGGUGUGCACAGGAAGAAAGUAAAGAAAAAUAACAAUGCCAAACGGACACCAGAAGACUGUGUGAUUGCACCGAUAUUUGAAAACACCGAUUCACUGACUGGUGGUCUGCUGCACGUGAAUGAUGACAACAGAGUGAAUCAAGAUGAUGACAGGCCUGCGAGAAAAACACCAUAUGAAAAGAAGAAGGUCAAAGAACAAAUUAAUUAUGUGAACCACCUGGAUGACUUAACUCAGUCUUCUGAGACUGUUUCUGAGGAUGACGACGUGCUUUACUCUACAAAUUCCAUGUUGCAAGUAGAACCACUUGGCUUGGAGCAUAAAGAUUCUGUUAGCUUGUUGAAAAUUCAACAUACAAUUCUUUCGCAUGAAAGAUUAGUAGAUUUUCAAAGAAGCCACUGUGAACUACUUAGAAGAGAAUUUUUCAGAAUGAAAAGUAAGGUUCGUGGGCUACAGAAAGAGCUGUCAGAAACCAAAGAAGUGACAUCACGGUUAGAGCAUCAGAAAGUGGAGUGGGAACGAGAGCUCGGCAGCUUGAGAUUCACCUUAAAGCAAGAAGAAGAGAAUAGAAGAAAUGCCGAGAUGUUGCAUGAAAAAAUGAGGGAGCAUUUAAGAAGAAAAGAAGAUGAAUAUAGUAAAGAAGCUAAAGUGAAACAGCAACUAGAAUUCACUUUCCAAGCAGUAGAGAUGAAACUGAAGACUGAGAGAAAUGAUCUGAAUCAGGUUUCUGUUAGUUGUGAAAAAGCUAAAGACCUGUUGCGCAAAAACCACAUGCUGCAGGAUGAACUUGCCAAGCUGAGACUGGAAAGAGACGCCCUGAAAAGUCAGCACCAGGAAAAGGAAGAGAACUAUUUUGAGGACAUUGAAAUUCUCACAGUAAAGAAUGAUGAUCUUCAAAAGGCGGUAAAACUGAGUGAGGAAACGUUAACAAAGACUAUAUCCCAGUAUACAGGCCAGCUUAGUGCUCUGACAGCUGAGAAUACAACGCUAAACUCUGAGCUGGAGAAUGAAAAAGAAAGCAAACGAAGACUGGAAACGGAAGUGGAAUCCUGCCGUUCUAGGCUGGCUGCUGCCUCACACGGUCAUGAUCAAGGUCAGACAUCAAGAAGAGACCCGGAACUUGCCUUCCAGAGAGCGAGAGACGAGUGGUUACGCUUGCAGGACAAAAUGAAGUCCGACGUGGCUAAUCUAAGAGAGAACAGCGAGACGCUUUCCCAGCAGCUAUCUGCAGUGGAAAGUAAAUCCAAUAAGCUGAAAAUCAAGCUGCAGCACGCGAGCGAUGCUCUUAGAAAAAAGACUUUGAUGUUAGAACAUGUCCAGAGAGACCUAAGCCAAGUAGAGUGUCAAACGCAGGAAAUUGCACACAAGUAUCAGAACGAACAAGGCAAAGUGAAUACAUACCUUGGAAAGCAGGAGUCCUUAGAGGAGAGAUUAUGUCAACUCCAGAGUGAAAACAUGUUGCUCCGACAGCAACUGGACGAUGCACGGAACAGAGUCGACAGUAAAGAGAAGACGGUCAUUAGCAUCCAAGACCAGUUUCAGCAGAUCGUGAGAAAACUUCAGGCCGAACGUGAGAAACAAGGUGUGAUGCUGGAGGAACGAAACAAGGAGUUGGCCAAGGAAUGUAAUCAUUUAAAAGAGAGAAUGUAUUGGUACGAAAAUGAGAAAGCAGAAGGAGAAGCAGCUGUGAGACAACUUCAGCAAGAACUGGCUGACACUGUAAGAAAGCAGGCUAUGUCGGAGGCUUCACUGAGGGUCACGUCAUGUUGUUGUGCCAAGUUAGAAGCUGAGGCACAGGAUUUGAAGAACAGUUGUAAACUACUACAACUCCGUCAACUCACAAGUCAGACUCAAGCUGGAUCUCAACAGAUGGAACUCAGAAUUAAACACAUGGAAUCUGAACUCUCCAAAAUGAAAACUUUGCAAGAAGAUUCUAAUAAAGCAGAGCUGGAAAAAUAUAAGCAACUCUACCUAGUAGAAUGUGAAGUUAGAAAGUCAUUGGAAGAUAAAUUAGACAAGACUCAUAAGAGGCUGGCAGUGAUCAGCACCAAACUUGAGGUGGAGAAGCAGCAGAACAGAUCUUUAUUCAACACUGUUAGCACGAGGCCAGUCCCGGAGCCCCCUUGUGUUGGAAAUUUCAGUAAUCCUUUAGUGCUCAACAGAAAUCUUACUCCAAGAGUAGGGUUUUCUACCUCAAUUUCAUGCCCUUCGAAUAACAACAUGGAGACUUACUUGACCGAGAUGCGGCGGGAAUUGGACAGGAGUAUAGCUAGAGAACUAAGAGAAGCUGAUGCUCAGUUUGCAUCUGAUGCCUUUAGAGUGUCUUCUCGAAGAUCUACAGAUGGGUCAAAUGUGUGUGAUGACCUACUUUUGUAAACAGAAGAACAAGAUAUACAGAUUUGGAAGGAAAAAUACAUGAUUUACAAAGAUAAAUACUGUUAUGAGUUCUGUUCUCCUCGGUUAGCAGAGGCUUAUAAAGGUGCAUUGGUUAUUUUGCAGCUUCACAGAGUGAAGACGGUGUGCAGAGUGAAGGUGCGCAGGGCGCCGGAAGAGGACUGGGCCGCCUCUCCCCACACUGACUUUUCGGCCGCGGACCUCCGAGCUGGCGCAAACACCGAGCCCGGGGGCUCCCGGUCCAGCGCCGACUGCGCUGUCUCCCCAGCACCGCGCGCCCCUGGACGGCUUCCCGCCUCCGCCCCUCCCGCUGCCGCCCACGCCCCAGCCACGGGGGGCAGGAGGCGGCGGCGGCCGGCCCUCCCCGUGCCCUUUUAA